AUGGCAGAUCUUAGAAGCAAGAGGUUCUUUCUGGCCUAUGGACAGCACUUUGUUUACUGUCAGUCAGUGUCCCCUCUCUCAUGCCUCCCACCUAUACUUUUAUACGUUAUUGUUUUUAAAUCUUGUAACCAGGUGUCCCAUCCAGAAGCGGCCGAGAGAGUAUCUGCCCCAGAAGAAGCUCCUUCCUUGCCCUCAGAAGAACGUGGUUUAAAAAAAUCUCGGGAUGUAUUUGCUUUAGAUUUCGGCAUAACAGCAGUUAAGCAACCACCCACAACAGACUCAGAGGUAAAUAAAGUAACACACAGAAGUCUGAUAAAUGGCAACUAG